AGCUGCGCCGCUGUUGCCAUGGCGAAGCUGAAGGACGCCGCGCUCUGGUCGCGCGCGGCAACCUGGGUCUCGUAGUUCGCUCUCGCCUUCUGCUAUAGGCGCACGCUUGGGGAAGGGGAGGAAAGGACUUCGUUUCCCAGCAUCCCUCGGAGCAAACGGGGGGGAGCUGGCUUCGGGGAAGGAAGGAAGAAAGGAAGGCGUCUGCCUCUAGCUUCGCCAAUGGCGGUUAUGAGACACAGACCUGAGUUGUACCGCUGGCGGCGCUUCAGCCAGUCGGCGUCUCGGCAGAAGGUAGGGAUGAGAGGUGUUGUGCCUCCUGCCUCCGCCGACCCAGGCAGCUGUUCCAGCGUGAAGUUAUAGUUGGAUGGGAAAUAGGCAGAGAGGAGUUCUUCUCGCUCUCGCCUGGUCUCCGUUUAUUGCAUUUAUAUCCCACCUUUUCCUCCGAAGAGCUCAAGGUGGUGAACAUGGUUCCUCCCCCCACUCGUCAUGCAAUCUUUCCCACAACCCUGUGGGGUAGAAUCGUAGGCUGCAGGUGGGCAAUGUAGCAACCAGCUGUGCCUUCUUCCAGGAUCGAAACAAUUGUCUACAGUGGUACCUCGGGUUAAGUACUUAUUUGUUCCGGAGGUCCGUUCUUAACCUGAAACUGUUCUUAACCUGAAGCACCACUUUAGCUAAUGUGGCCUCCUGCUGCUGCCGCGCCGCUGGAGCACGAUUUCUGUUCUCAUCCUGAAGCAAAGUUCUUAACCCGAGGUACUAUUUCUGGGUUAGCGGAGUCUGUAACCUGAAGCGUAUGUAACCUGAGGUACCACUGUAUUUGUAUGCCACUUUUGUAUGGUGAACCUUGCUCAAAGCUGCUCACAGCAUCCACAAUACUUAGAAUCACAGAAUUGUAUAGUUGGAAGAGAUUCCCGCCCCCCCCCCCCCUUGAGGCUCAUCUAGUCCAACUCCCCUUCUUUACAGGAAUCUCAACUGGAGCAUCCAUGACAGAUGGCCAUCUAACCAACCAACCUCUGCUUAGAAACCUCCCACCACCUUCUGAGGGAGUCCAGAUAGUUUAGGCUAAGAAGCUUCAUGGCUGAGUCACCCAGGUCCCACUCUGACUCUACACUAAUGGUGAAGCUGAGUGGUGGGGGAGCUGUGAUAGACAAAACAAAGUAUUCAUGCAACACAUAAUUAAGCAAUGAAACUGGUUGAUGCUAGGUGUGUCAGAGCCCCCCACCCCCCGUUUGGACUGCUUUCACAAAUUAAUGCAGGUUAAGGCUAUCAGUUACUACUAGUCAAUGCUGCCACCAGUAUCUGAGGCACAGUGCCUCUGAAUACUAGUCACUAGGGAGUAAGUCUCAGAGUUCAGUAGAGCUUACUUACUCUUUAGGUGUGCUUAGGAUGAUUUUAACCUUAACCUAUCUAGGGGCUUGCAAAGACAGAGGUCUUUUAGUUUUACUUUAAUAUUAAUAGCUAGCUCAGUGCUAAACUAUUGUAAUGUUUCUCCCCUAGACAAAACUUGAUCCUGACAAUGUGGAGCACUGGAUUAAGGUAAGGGAGAAGAAAGUGAUGCAUAACCUUCCUAUUUACAUGAGAGUAAUGCCUAUUGUACUCAGUGGGAUUAAUUUCUGAAUAAUCAUCCUGGAUAAAAUUAGACCAGUACUUUCUUAGUGUCAAGGUAUGGCAUGUUUUGGAGUUAGUGGCUUCUCUUUGUAUUUGGAUCCAUUUAAUAUACUGAUUAAUGAGCUGCUACACAAGCAGGUCUGAGCUGGUAUCAGUAGCCUUAACUGUUAAACUGUGAGUGAAAUCUCUGCAUUUCACUGUGCAAAUUUUUUUCUAUGAGAUUGUGACCCUUAUAUGACGUAAGACAAUGGGUCUUCCUACCCCAGUAUUGUCUAUUCUGAUUGGAAUAGCUACCUAAGGUGCCAUGGAAAGAAACUUUGGACCUUACACAUCUAAAGUGCCCUCUAUUCCCUCCCUCCCUGACUAAUGUUUAAUUUCAGUUAGGUAGCCGUGUUGGUCUGACGCAGUCAAAAUAAAAAUAAAAAAAUUGUCCAGUAGCACCUUAUAGACCAACUAAGUUAGUUCUGGUAUAAGCUUUCGUGUGCAUGAACACUUCCUGAUACAUAUGUCUGUCAUUCUCUUUCUUAGCGAGUGGAACAAGCAUCUGAGUUUGCUGUUUCUGAGACGUUUUCCUUAAAAAAGACAUCUUAUUCUCGAGGACUUCAUGGCCCUGUGCUAGAUUUGGAAACGACAGAGCAGCUGCAAGAUCAUGAUGAGGCAUAUGUGGAAGGUAUUGCCUAAAUGUGAUGCUGGUCCAGAUUAAUAUAUCUAUAUUUUUAGCUACAUUGCAGAAGACUUGCAUUAGGUACAGUGAGGAGGAAAAGUAUUUGAUCCCCAGCUAAAUUUGCCCAUUUGCUCUCUGACAAAGAAAUGACCAGUCCAUAAUUUUAAUGGUAGGUUUAUUGUAGCUGUGAGAGACAGAAUAACAACAGGAUAACCCCCAAGGGAGCCAUGAACUCAAAAAGCUUGAAAACCUCUGCUUUAAUGCAAAUGAUGUAAAGUAACAAAUUAAAAAUUAGAAUCUGAUUAGUAUAAUUUUUAUUACUGAAUGUUAUACCCUCCGUAAAAUAUCCAAUGUAAACAACACCAACAGUAAAAUAGAAUACAAAUCUAAGGCCAACUUAACUAAGAAGAGAGUAUUAAAAGAUAUACAAAAACAUGUGUUCAGGCUUGAAGUGUAAAGCUGCUUUUCUUUUAGAAUUUUAGCUCUAGUUGCCACUUCUUAUCCAAUUAACAUCCAUUGCUGCUUUCAUCAAUGUAGCCCAAGAGCUCCUUAAUGAUUGGUUGAAUUCAAAACUGAAGUUGGAACUUGCAGAUGAUCAAGAAGAUUCUGCUGAAAAUCCAUUGGCUCAUUCUCGUCCUCCCCAGGAGUCCCCCACUGGCUUUCAGAAGUAUGAAAAAUUUGAUGGUGAGAACUUGCCUCAAUUUUAAACUUGGAUCUAGAGAAUGUAUAAUGAUAAUAUUGAGUACCAUUUAAUGGAAAAUUGUCAAAAUGAAUAGAACUUCCUUGCACUUAUGUCUACGUUUAUAGUUCAAGUACCAAGGAAGUCAUGCAAAGUUUGUAGUGUUGUUUGGCUCUACAUUAGUACGUUCUGCUCUGAUAUUAAAAUGGCUCAGUUCAUGACAUGAAGCAAAUGUAACAUUCAGAUGGAGCUGUAUUCAUCAAUUAAUAUUGAUCAAGUUGUUUGGGUCUUCACUGAUAUCAAGCUUAAACAAGUGAUAAUAAAUACCAAAUAUCUUAUUUUGCAUACUUGUAAAAGCAUUAUAUGUCUUGUUGCUAACCAGGGUACCUGAAUUUUAACACAAGCAGGAAAUGAAAGAAUGGUAUGCUUAAAAAUGUUUGGUGCCAUUUCUGGAUUGUUUUGCUUGGUAUUUUAGAUUUUUAUGGUUAUCUGGAAGAUGAGAUGGAAAAUACAACAGUACAAGAUAUUCUGCAGGAUCUACUGCAGAGUGAAGUUGUUGACAGUGGUAUAUUGGGAAACCUUAGAACUGAAGAACUUAAGGAGAAAAGGAAGCCCAAAGACCCACGAAUUACCAUGGAAUUAAGGCAUAAACAGGUAUUUGGAGAAGACAGCCUUAAGGCACCUACUAUUGUAAGGUACAGUUGUAAAAAAUAGUGUAGUGUUUCUUAAAUGGUUUUGUUAAGUAAACUGUUUCCUGAGCCAUGUUUUUACUGUAGUACAAUUGAAGUUACUGGUGAAUUGUUCUCCAAGAAUAGUGCUGAUGUUUUUGUCUGUUUCCAUGCAUUGGCCUACAUCAGAGGCCAAUUCCAGCAUAACAGUGUAUCCAGGGCUUCUAUUUACAUUUGCCAGUCAUAGAAGCAAUGAUUGCAUGGAGAUAUCCGAGCACUUCACUUGUGUCAUCCACAUAGUUAUCAUCCCUGAUGGCAGUCAAGUGUUGGGGAGCAUACAUUAGUGGGAUUCUAGUUAUAUUUCUCGAUGGAUUUCCUGAACCUUGGUGUAUUCUGGAAGGAUUUAAUGGAGAAACACAGUAGUCAUGGCAAAGGUGUAGCUGCCCUGAAAGCAACACAUCUACAACAAUUUGUAUACCAUAGUCCUGUAGUUUAAAACAACAAAAUAUGAUCUUGGUCUUGAUUUUGUUUCUCAGGUAAAAGAAAAUCGGCUCAGGAGACAAAAGGAGCAAGAGCUUCUGAAACAAGAGAAGGCCCUGAAAAAAUUGGCAAUGUCAGAGGCCCAGAGGCAACUCCAAGAGGAGAAGAAGAAGAAGGUUCUGAAAGCCAGGAGAGAAGAAGAGGAAAUUCAGAAACAGAUGGUGAAGCUACGGAAAGAGUUGGUAGAAAGAAGGCAUCUCAUGGAAGAAGCCAGGAAAAUGUAAGUUAAGGAAAACAAGAACUUGGCAUUCAAAUGCAUUUUAGAUACCAGAGCACAGUCUGAUAAUGUGUAACGGAGCAAACUUGCGGAAGUAAGUCUAAAUCUGAUCAUAAUCUGGAUGGGAGAUUCUUGGGAAUCCCAUGCAUAAAACUUAAGAGUUCUGAGGGAGAAAGAAGGCACGAUAUAUAAGCCAUACAUUUUAAUAACUUAUUCCUAAGUUAUGUGAAGCUUCAUCAGCUCCUGGAAACCAUGAAGUUUCUUCAGAUUUGUAGACCUGGAAAGCUGAUUUUCCUCCCUUUCUGAGCUUGCAAUUUGGAAAAUUGGCCUAAUAUCAUGUGUGCCCUUUUAUUUUUACUUAUACUGUACAAAUUAAAUUAAAGGAAACUGUCCAUUUGUGGUAUCAUGCAGCUCUCAUAAGUACUCGGAAAUAAGUCCCACUAUGCUCAAUGGGACUUAGUUGCAUAGUACUGCAACUGAAACAUUUUGGCAUUUCUACAGCAGAGAGCAAACACUAUUAGGUCCCCCCAAAAGGCCACUUGAAUCUUUUCAUGUGCUGUUAUAAGAUGAUUAUCGCGCUUGGUGAUUGGUUUGGUUAUAUGAACGUUGGCUAGGGCAAAAUAUUCCAAAUGCACACCAAUUUGCUGCCUCAAACAUUCUUCACAUGCAAAAUUCAAACCCCCGUAGAUGGAGGGUCCUUUAUAUUUGGUCACCUUAACUGCUCCUUUGAACUGCAGGUGCUUCUGCAGUGGUAGGUGGCUCAAGAAGACCAUUCUCUGAUGUUUGCUUCUUUAGGUAACCAUGGAAUCCUUGGGAAGAAUUCAUUGUAGUGCUAUGGCAUUUGUUCCAUCAGCACAAGCUUUUUAGCUUGCCAGAUGGAAUGAUGCUCCCCCUCUGUGCUGUUCUGGAGGUUCUCCUGAACCCCACCAAAGUCAGGGCAUACAGGGAGAGGGGGGUGCAGGAAUCCCUGUUGCGCCAGUGGACUUACUUGAGUGGGCUUCUGCUACUGGGACUCAUUAGUUGAAUCUGUCCCUUAGUUUUUAUACAUCAUCCAUUUGAAUGUCUACCCCUGACUAAUGGGAUUAUGUAUUGUGAACUUCUGGCUGCCUUUAAGCCACAAGAACCUUAUAUUGCUAUGAUUCCUAUCGCUAAGUGGCAUGUACAAUACUGAUUUUAUGCAGUAUACUUUUCACUGAGACAGAUCUCCUUUUAUACUUACAUAAAACUUUCCUAACUGCAGGUAGCAGAACUAUAUUCCUUUGAGACCUGCAACUAAUACAGACAUAGGAUAGAGAGAAAAAUGUAGCAAUCACCUAAUGAAUCUUGAUAAAUGGGCUGACAAACAGAGUUGGGUAACAGAAAAGUAAUAAUAUGAGAACUGGCUGAAGGUCAUGAGAUGACUAUCACAGUCCUCUUAUGCUCUACUAUUUGCCUCUGGCCUCUCACAGAUUGCUUUAUUUUCAGGGAAAGAAAGAGGCACGAUUUAAAAAAAAUUAAGAGGCUGGUAGAAGUCGGCAUGCCUCCUGUGCCAGUCCAUCUGGAUUGUGAGAUAGAAGGACAAAGGAAAGAGAAACAAACCAGGAUGCAGGAGCUGCUGAGCAAAAUUGACAUUGCAAAUCAGAAGGUGAGAGCAUUCAUUAUCUUUUUUCAGCGCUUUGAGCCAGAUGUGUCUCAGCGAUAGUCAUGGGUCAGCUCUCUGUAAACCGAGAAACCAGCUCCCCGUGUCAGGCUGACCUAGAUCAACUGAAGAUUAAGAUCCCAAUAUAUAUAUUUUUACAAGAUGUGAGGAGAGCGAGACUAUUGAUCAUAGUGAGCAGUUGAGUGGCAGGAGCUGAGAUUUGCCGUGAAAACUACCCAGCCGUUUAGUUUAUACCUGGAAAUAGAACACAGUGUCACAUUGGCUGUGUGCACAGAUGGUUUUGAAUCUCCUUUACACCUUCAUUGCCCCUUUCAUGCAGGAAGACUGAGUGAACCUUUCUUGCGGCUGCUACUGCACUGUUGAGGUUUGGUGUUGAAAAUGGCAGUGCAUGGUUAUAUCAUUUGUUUGUGCACUUAAAGAGAAGGCUGGAACAGUAAAUAGGGGAGAAUGCAUAACAACAGACCAAAGCUGCAAUCUUAAACUCACUUAUUAGGGAGUAAAUCUCAUUGAAAUAUAGUAAGAUUUCCUUCUUAAUACAAAUGCAUAGGAUUGUACUAUAAAUUGCUAUUUGGGAAUAAUACUUGUUCUGCUUUGACUUUCUUGAACAUUAUACUGAGCCUUUCCAAAAAAUGUCCACGGUAGCUAAUGUUGUGUUUUAGAUUGUAAUAAAGAAGAAAAUAGCAAAUAAAUUAUUGAGCCAAGCAGCCAGCCCCUAAAGCAUUAUUUAAAUAAUAAUAAUAAUUUAAAUGCAGUUAAAUGCAAUUUCCUAUAGAACAGUAUAAGUGAUAUGUGGAAUUGUGAUGAUACUUGAGAAAAACACAUGUAAUAGUACUGGAAGUUGAAGAGAUAGUAGAUUUGUUCAAAAAAAAUUCUAAAGUUCUUUCAAUUUGGGUUUUUUUAAUAAGGGAAAAGUCAUAACAAGUGAAUUUGGGAGAGAAAAUAAGAAUCCUUUGGUUCUGUAACACAGAGAGGUAUUCUAGAAAAGGUAAAAGGUAAAGUCAGUUCUGAAGGCAAAGUGUGAAAAGAGAAGUUUGUUUUCCUGUUAAUCAACCUUCUAGUGUCAGCAAAACUCUGAAGACUAAAAAGAUAAAGAAAAUAGGAGAUGAUAGGAUCAGAACAGUAGAUGUGAUGGAACAUUAUUACUUCAUUUGUCAUUAACCUCCCAUGAAGUACCUCAAAGCAAUUUUUGCAAUGCAAUUGAAACAUAUAAAAAAUUGUAUGAUCUAGUUGAGAUUCCUGCAUUUCAAAGGAGCAGACUAGAUGAGCCUCUGGGUCCCUUCUAGCUCUGCAAUUCUCUGAUUCUAUAAAAACGAUUUCAAAUCCAGUACUGAUACCAACUAUGAUAAAGAUCUCCACUUAGAAGGUUUGUUGAAAGAGGAAAGCUAUCAUAUAGUUACUUGAUUUCGUAACCAUCCCCAAUGCAGUGCCUACGGAAGUAUUUCUCUGCCUGGUACAAGCUUAUUCUGGAUCUCAGGAUUAAGAUGGGGAAAGCAAGGGCCCUUGCUGACUGGAAGUGCCAGCUGAAGACCUUGCGAGCCUGGAGAGAUUACACAUGGUCUCAGAAGUUAGAGCAGGAGACUAAAAAACUGGAGAACCAGCUUCGCAAUCAGAACAGGUAGCGGCAUUUAACACUUCACCUCCCCCCCUCCCCAGGAUGUUGAUAGUAUGAGGAAAAUAUCUGCUGCUGUUUUAGGGACCAGUUCCAGCCAUAUACAGUGAUACCUCGGGUUAAGUACUUAAUUUGUUCCGGAGGUCCGUUCUUAACCUGAAACUGUUCUUAACCUGAAGCACCACUUUAGCUAAUGGGGCCUCCUGCUGCCGCCAUGCUGCCGGGGCAUGAUUUCUGUUCUCAUCCUGAAGCUCUAUUUCUGGGUUAGCGGAGUCUGUAACCUGAAGCGUAUGUAACCUGAGGUACUACUGUACAUUUUUGUGCCUGAGCCAAAAUGGUAAAAUAAUGAUCUCCUUAAAAACAAAACAACCAACAAGAGGAUGAAUGUUGGAGACAGUGAAAUGGCAUGCUUUUAGGCUCUUCUGUUCCUCGCUGAUUCAUGAAAAGAUUCGCUCAAUCAGGAUCUAUAACUUAUUUUCUAUAGCACCACCAUUGCGUGUGGCAUUAACAUUUGAAAUAUGACAGGGGUGUGGAACUGGAUCUGGCCAAUUCCAGAAGUGGCUAACUCUCCAUGGCCCCUUUGACAGGGGGUGGGGCUACCCACUUGUCAGUCACAUCAGCUGAUUGAAACUUCAAGGUGCUCUCCUGGUUCUUCCUUCGCAGUUACUGCUUGAACUGCAAAGGAGUAGUCUUCCUUUGAACCCAUGGCUUGAAUUCAAAAAGAAUCCAAGUCUUGGCUGCAAAGGAAGAACCAGGAGCUCACCUAGUGUGUGCUCCUGAGCCUUCCUUUUGAGUUUGGCACCACAGUUUUUACCUGUCUUAUGCCUGAUGACAUCAUGCAGCGUUGGGUGAUGGACGAGGUUGUGUAGUUUGAGACAAACCAUGUUGCAGGCCAAAUGGGGAGGCCUGACUUUCCUAGGGGAAAACAAAAGAGGAAGGAGAGAGAGGUGGGCGCAGGGAAAUAUGGAGUGGUACUCAACUAAAUUGUAGUAAGAGUCAGUGAAAUUAAUGAGCAUGACUAAGUUAAGUCCAUUAAUUUCAAUAGGUCUCUGAGUAAAACAUAGUUGCAGUGUUUGAUAUCUGCUUAAAAAUAAAGGCCUUGCUUUCCUGUUGCUCCUUUAACAAGCCCAAAAGGACUUCUGAUAUAUAUUAUUCAGUUCUAGUUUUCCCUGUUCUUCUUAGGCCUUCUGACAUGAACAUGAUCUCAAAGUCUUCAUAAGUCAAAUCUAUAAUGGAUGAAAUUAUUGUUCCAUUGAUUGUCUCAGAAACUAAAUUAGGAAUCCAUUAACUUAACAAGAGCUAGGCAAAGUGCAUCUGAUCUGGGCAAAGUGCAUCUGCUGCUGGUCAUUAUGAAGAAAAACUUUGUCGGGUUGCAUACUUUACAUCUGCCACCUUUGGCCUAAUGCCUUAACUGGGGAAUAUGCUGCUGAUACAGCUCUUAUUAGCAGCAGCCUCUGAUUGUAACAGAUUGCAAAACAACAAGCAGGAAAAUAUAUUAAGUAGUUAGUAAGAAGUAAUUGUAUUUUAAAAAAAACAACCACACCAACCAAUAAUAUUCUUCUUUCUUUGGCAAUCACUUGUAGCCGAGUAAGAUUGUCUUCUAUUAACACGGUUUUAAAAGUGAGUCCAUAAGUGACUGUGGAGGCCAAUUCUGGAUUCACACAUUCUUCCACAGCAGGGACAUAGGUUUCCAGGUGGGUGUAUAUCAUGGUGAGGGUUUGCCAAGCAUGUCUUCCUCUUAGUGUGUUUCUCCCUUUCGUCCCGAGUUAGAGGGGCCUUCAAAUCCCAUGACACCUUUGGCAAAGGCUGUUCUCCAAUCGGAGCGCUAGCAAGACAUUGUUUCCCAGUCGUUGAUGUUUAUACUACAUUUUAUAAUAUAAGCCUAUAUUGGCUAACAUGCCUUUUUACAGCAGUAGUAAUCCAAUCAAUCUAUACUAAAAUUCUAAAAUAGAGUGGGGUAGACACACAUCCUCCUAAUCUGAGGAAUUUGCAAUUGAUUUUAAUGAACAUUUAUUUUUAGGGGGAAACAGUUGGCUAUAGAGUUUAAUCGGAAGAGCAUUUUGCGCCGUUAUUUUGCCGAAUGGCAUUGCUGGAGCCGAACGGAGGUGGAAAAGAGAGAACUACAAUUGAAAAAAGAGGAUACAAAGAGGAAAAUGGCAAAGCUAUUAGAGGAAGUGGCACUGGGGAAACUUGCUACAGACGUCUCCCAGGAUGCCAAGAGAACUCAUGAGUCAAAAGAAGCUUGGGAUCAACCCGUGAGUCCUACAGAGGUAAACUGAUUUUGCAUUGUGCUUUUUCUCUCACAAACACAUACCUCAUCAUCAUCACUCCCAUAGUGUGGAACCUCCUUCCUAUGGAACUAAUGCACACUUCCUAUGGUGCAGAAUUUCUGGUGUACCUUCAGAACUCAGAUGUUCCAGUCUGCCUUUCGUUAGUAGUGCUUUAUGCUGUUGAUUCUCAAGAUCCUGCUUCCCUGCGGUACUGAAUUUUUAUGGUUUGAUGCUUCAAAUGUAUCUCAGUGUAUUUUAUCUCGCUGUUGUACGCUACCAUGAGAGGGCUGUGCCCUAAAAUGGAAUGGCUAAUUUGUGUCCCUCCAGAUGUAACCAUUAGCCAUGCUGAAUGGGGUUGUUGAGAUUUGGAGGGCAACAACAUUUGGAGGGCAACAAGUUAGCCACCCUUUCUCCAAAUGGGGGCCUAUAAAUACUUCAAAUAAAUAUAAAAUAGAGAUUGGCAGCUGACUAAACUGGGCCACAUCUGGAUUCCUGUGUCACAUCAUUUGGCUCCCCAGUUGCCAAUCAUGUAUGCAAAAGAGGAAUAUGAAUAACUUCAUCUGUGACAAGGAGACUCCAUUUCAAGCGGUUUGGUGGAUGGUACACAAAGCCCUGGCCUGUCAUACCUAACUCCCUUCUGAAAGGGACUUUGGCAGAACUACAUUCACUGAUCAAGAAAUGGAGCAGCUGUAAAUAAGGUGAUUCCUUCAGGUUUUCCUAUAGCCAAUUCUAAACAAAACCAAAAAACCAGGGUGGCAUUCUUGCAUUCAAAUACAUAUAGGGACUCUCUUUUCAGAAUUGCAGGGACACUAGAGGGAAGGAUUAUGUGAGCUCUGGACAUCUAUCCAGUUUGACUUCCUGUAGAAUCCUGGGGGCCAAGUCACAAACAAGCAGCCUGAAGCAAACACAAAGUCUCCAAGUGCAUAACCAGAGCAGUUUUACCAAUACAGGAAAGUUACACCUACCCCCUUUCUUACGAAACUAAAUAGAUUCUCCGGUAUGCAUACCUAGUAGGCUCAGUAAAUAGAUGAUAACAAUAGUUACAAAAUGUAAAACUCACAAGUAGGCCAGAGGUGUGUUAGCAAGAUUCUUCUCCUGCAUCCUCUUUCACCCCACCGCCAAAAAAACAAACAAACUAGGAACAGAUUGCAGGGAUUGCAGUAAAGACAAACUUGGUAUAAUAUCAAAGGGAGUUGUGUCUGGUGCACUAGGAGGACUUGUAUGUUGUGUAUUCCUCAAUGAGCAUUUAUUGGAAGUUCUCAAAAAAAAAAAAAAAAGCAUGGAGCGAAUAAAAACACAUGUUUUCUGCCAUUGCUGACUAUUCUUUAGGGUCCCAGUCUUCCAUCUUUUAGGUUUUCAAGAUUUUUCCUGUAAUUGUAGGCAAAUGACUGUGGGAAACUUGGUUUUCUAAACACCAUGAAGGAAUAAUAUUUCUCUAGGAGAUGACAGGCUAUGGAAUCAGCUGCUAUGGAAGUAGUUGCAGCUUCAUAUAACAUAUAACAAACGUUUCUUCAAUGAGAACUGAGACCUUAAUUUUUAUAAUUAACGUAGGCUUUAUCCUCCCUUUCCAGGUGGCUACAAUACCCUGUUCACAGGAUGAUCCUAGAAUGGCAAAUGUAGAAAGAGCAAACUCUUGCUCUCCUGAGACAAGUCAAAAACGUGAUCUUCCUUCUCCAAAGCAGCCCAAAUGGGCAUGGCAAGUCACCCUGAAGCAUGCUGCUUUGAAUGCUCAAGAUCGAGCAGUGUUUGGUAACCAAGCAAGAAGUUCCUUGCAGCAUCUUGAACCACCAAAACAAAAAAUGUCCUCUGUCUUAAGGGGUCCCCUGGAGCACCGCCAUGCCUUCCAGCAGCAGCUGAUUGAAGAGCAGAAACGACAGCUCAAAGAGCAGCAAGAACUAAUCCUUAGACUUCAGGAAAAUGAGAGGCUAAAGAAGGCCAAGGAGGAAGCUGAACAAGCCACGGCAGUUACCAAGGCACUGAACAAUCAGGCACCAAAAACUCGGGAAGGAAAGCAGUUGAGAGAAAGCAGGAAUACAGAGUCUUUAAGGUACAGAGCUAAGAGUACAAAGAUCCAAUUAUCUGAUGGCUACACAAUGUCCUGGUAGGACAGCGGGCUUUGAGACAAUACCAUGAUGUUUCUAAACAUAUCUGAUAGCUCAUUAGGGAGUGAAAUGGCCAAAUAUGAUGCAGGUUGAUCCUUCUCUCUUCCUCUGUUAUUAUUUGAGUAGUGUUAAUUGAUUCCUUCCCCUAAUAAUAGCUUUAAUAUAGGAUUAUAAUGCUGUAAAUAGCAGACUCCUUUGAAAGAUCUCUGCGUACUUUACAAAUUAUGAAGAGGCAUACAUUAGCAAAGCCCACGUUUAUUGCUCUUUUGCAUUACAGAGUGAGAUGGGAGAGUGUCUCCCCAUUUAAGACUACUUAUCAUUCUUUCUUGUUCUACGUAGUGUGCUGGUUCACAAAUAACACUAAGCCAAGUUACUGUUUAGCAUGAACACUGGUUUCCAGAGAGGAGAUUGUGGCUGCUUUACUCCUCUUCAUCUCCUGCUGCUGUGCUAUGAGCCAAGCUAUAGUUUGGCUUAAGAUGUCAUCUGAACCCUGGCCUUAUGGUUUGCCUCACUCUAGAAAAAUCAUAAGCUGUAACCAAAGGUUGUUCUUAGGUUUGCUGCAUGAAAUGAUGCCACUGCUGUACAAAGGCAGGAAAAAUAUGGUAUUGAGUCCUGUCAUUCAGCCCAUUGAUCUAUUGGGUGAUAUUCAGCUAAGUUUUACUCAGAGUAGGGUCAUUUAAAUUGGUCAUGUCCAUUCAUUUUUCACUUUCUUUCAGAUUAGAAAAUUACCAGCCAGCUAUCCAAAGCAAGAGGAACCUGAAAGUGCUGUCCACACCACACCCCUUACUCAAAGGUAUAUUCUUGAUGUAGAUUCUCCUCCUGCACUUGAUGGAGCCUUUUCCAUGGAUACUUAGGGGAAGACGUAGUAAAAGAUGAGACCUGUAGUUACGGAGAAAACACCACCAUUUCAGGGGUCUCAGGGCCCUACAUACUUGAUCAUAACUUUACACAACCCAGCCCUUGUUUGAACCCAGACAUGGUGAGUCGCAAGGAUCAUAUUCACACGAUCAGAUUUAGUUCUGUGCACAUGCAUACUGUUCCUUCAGUCCUCACUGUGGAGAAGCAGAGCUUGGAAGCCACAGUUAACCAAUUGUUAUGUGCAGUUGGGAACUUUGGUUCCAAAGAAGCCAGAAUGUGAAACCAUAUUUGAAGUUGACUUACAUGUCCUGACUUGUUCAGAAGCCAUUAACUGUAGUUCCCAGUAUGCAUGUAGUGGGAAGCAAGGGUUAACUGUGACUUCCUGGAGCUUGUGCACAGCCGUUGAACUAGGCUUACAGAUUGUUCAACACACAUAUGGAACAUGUUUACUGGAGGCAUUUUGCUUUCAACUUAUGACACUUGGCUUUGAGCAACAUACAACACAUGGUUUUGAACCCUCAGCUUCAGGGACUGAGUGUUUUUAUUCAUUUACUACUAUUUUUUACAAUUACUCAUUCUGAAAGCGGUUCACAUCAGUAAAAAGAAAAGUGGGGGGAGACAGGUUCUGCCCAUCAGACGUGGAAACUAAAAACAGAAGGCAUACAAGGAGUAGGAAAGGGAAAAUGUAGAAGAGGGAUACAAAUUCUUCAAAGCCAGAGGAACAUGGUGAGCUACAGCCAUUUAUUUUUGCUUUUUUAGGAAAAAUAAAUAAACUUAAAUAAAAUUGAGUUUAAAGUACACAUACAUAAUACAGUCAAAUUUGUCAUACAACAUAUACAUUAUAGAAAUAUAUAGAGGAGGGUAUAUACCGUAUUUUUCGCCCUAUAGGACGCACCAGCCCAUAGGACUCACCUAGAUUUUUUGGGGGGGGGGAAUAAAGGAAAAAAAAUUAUUUCCCCCCCCAGGUGCGGGGCUGGGGCGGGGGAAGCCCAAGCGGAUUCACGCCGGGCUCCGGAGGGUGAAGCCUGGAGAGCGAGAGGGGUGGUUGCGCACCAACCCCUCUCGUUCUCCAGGCUUCAGCGAAAGCCUGUAUUCGCCCCAUAGGACGCACACACAUUUCCCCUUCAUUUUGGGAGGGGAAAAAGUGCGUCCUAUAGGGAAAAAAAUACGGUACAUAUAAACCACUUCUUACUAUUCCUUCUGUUCUUUAAAAUAGAAAUAUUUUAUUUUGUUGGGAACCUCUUAAAACUUAACAGCUAAUUUUACAGGUUGCCACUGAUGACAAAUUAGAGCUAGAUGAAACAAAAUGGCAGUUCUUACUUUCCUUCCUUUGAUAUUACCAGGACAUAAUUUUGUAAAUGGAACUGCAUUCUUUAUGUCACUGUGCUUCACUUGCUCUAAUUGUUGUACUCCUUAUUGCGCAAUUUUUAGCCAUGGAGGAGAGAGCAAUUCAGCGUGCAGAAAGGAGAAGAGAACUGGAAGAAGCAAAGAAAAAACGAGAAGAGGAGAAGUUGGUAAGUAAAGUUGAAUGCUGGCUUAAACCAAGAGUGCAACAUCAAUACAGGUUGGUUGAUUGGUUGGUUUUUUUAAUCAACAUGCUGCUAAAUCAAAAGGCCAGGUCCAAUUUGUUAUUUAAAAAUGAAAAUCAAGUGAAUUUAAAGCACACAAGGACUGAAAUUGAUAUGCUCCAUAGCAAUAUAAGAACUGACCUGCUGGGUCUGACAAAAGUCCAUCUAGUUUAUUUAGUUCUAUAUUCUGUCUCUAAAAGUGAUCAACCAGAUGCCUCUGAAAAACAGGAUAGUGAUCACUCUGUCCUCUUCUUUGUCCCUAACACCUUAGAAAUAUCCAGUCUCUGAACAUCUCGUUGUUGUGGCUAACAACUGUUGAGACUGCUGUCCAGCCAUUAUUCUGAGAAACUGAAGCAUGCACCAGUAUCCUCAAGAUACAGGAAUUUAUCAUACAUAAUUUAUCUUGUCCUGUUCCUGUGUGUAUCAUAACUUAAUAGCCCUGGGGCACUGACUGUAUAUAGCAAAAUGAGCAAUCCAUGGCCCUCAAGGCUUUCCACCGGGCCCACAUGAUGGUGACGAGUUCUUUACACUUACAACAGAGCCCCUCAAUAUCAAAUAUUGUGCUGGGGAGGCUUUUGAUGGGUUGGGGUGCCGUUGUGAAUGAAAAGGAAGGCACACAAGGAAAGUCAUCCCCAUAUGCUUUCCCCCCAUGCAGCCUCUUCCUGCUGGGGUGGGGAGGAGUCUGCCCUUCCUGGGAGAGGUGGGGAUGGGUGAGUUCUAAAUAAGAUAUAUUUAGAUUACUUUAUUCUCCUCAGACCAGCAUGUGUGACAUCUGCUUGAUGGGUGGUAUGUCCCCAUUUGCCUAGGCAGGGGUCAUGUGACUUAAUAUAUCAUCUUUCCUCCUCCUAGUUUCCCUCAUCUCUGCCUUCCCCCAAGCAGAUUUGUGUAGCCCCUCUCUCUCCUACUUCUGCCUUGCACUUCAUUUGUUUCCCUCAGCGUUCCCUUUUUAAGCAGUGUGGCUUGCUUAAUAAAAUUAAAAAAAAUUCCUUACCUCCCCCCACCCCCACUCCUCUCAACUUCAUUCUUUCUGCUGCUGUGGUGCCUGCAAGUGGAGCCAGGGGUGGGGGGGAGCCUCUCAUUUUGAGAGAACUGCUUCAAGCUGAAUUGCUGCUAAGAACUCUUCCAACAAAGCCUCUGCUCAGCAUUCCAGCACUUAAAUGCUGCCUGCCACAAAGCUGCCUCCUGUGGCUCCUCUGUACCAAGAGCGAUUCUUCAGGUAGACUUAGCGACUUCCUGCCAUGAGUUGUAGAGCCGCUCUUCACAACUGGAAGGAAAGUCACUCAACAGACAAAAGAGGCAAGUUCCGCUGCUCCCCGCCUUAGCUGUUGUCCCACCACCCAGGAGGGUAUAAAACAGCCAAUUCUCCUACCACGUGAAAACACAAUUUUCCACUCAUGGAGCAGAGGCCACUUUCUUUAAAUGGCAUGGAUUGCAAUGUCAGCUAUUUACCAGAGGUCCUCAAAUGGCCCAGUAAGUUCAGUGAUUUCUGUUUCUGUUGUUCAGUCAAAGCCAGCCAGUUGUAAUAGCACAGGUUCCCAAAAUCUCUGCAGAUGCCUCUCCUUUUUCCAAAAGAAAUUAUUUGGAGCUUUUAUUUGUUGCUGGCUAUUAUUUCAGUGGAAUAAAAUCAUAAAGUAUCUUAGGCACAAAAGGUGCUCUAGGCAAUUGUCCUUUUUCUGUACCACAGAAGGAAGACUAGAAAAAGACUGAAAAGGCUGCUAAGUGUCCUCGCUCAAGAGAUUCAGCUUCUUCUCAAGGCUCCAGACCCAGGAAGCAGAACUCUCCCUGGCAACAGGGUCUACUUAUGCUCCCUCCCUUCCACUGCUGGCCUAGGGUUCAGCGCGAGAUCACCCCUUACUUGCUUUGCAGGCCUUAAUUUCUUCUGUCUCUAAAGAGCAGCUCCUCUCUUUGGGGUCACUCCUUUAUGACCCAGCGUGGUUCAGUCUAGUCGCUCAAAACUCAAGCACCAUUUUAGACUCUGGUUAAUUGUGUCAGGUGAUUGGCUGGCAUAGUGAGAUGCAUAGCUGUCAACGGUUCCCUUUUUUAAAGGGAAGUUCCCUUAUUCCGUAUAGGAUUCCUCGCAAGAAAAGGGAAAAGUUGACAGCUAUGGUGAGAUGUCCAGCACAAGGCCUCCUCUCAUUUUCUCAUUCCACUGGGAACAGAUUGCACUUAGUGGUGUGGGUGUUUCUUGAUGUUCUUAUUAAUUUUCUGUCCAUACUUCUUACUUGGAUCUUACUUAAUGGCAGCUUUCUCACAGAUGGAGAAGCUGGAGGGGAAACCAGAGGGAAGAUGACAUAUUAAAGCUUCAAGUCACAUGGUCCCUGCCUGAGUGGAUUGGCACAGCCCAUCAAGCGGGUGUGUCAUUAUGCCAGCCCAGAAGGGCCCAUUCAUGGUGAGUGAACUAGUGCUCCAUUCUAUCUAUUUUUAGGCCCGGAUGCAAGCCGAGGAAGAAGAACGUCAGAGGCAAGAAGCAGCAGAGAAGGAGGCUCAGUUGCAGAAGAGGCAAGAGGAGCGAAGACUGCAGAAAGUGGUGAGCAGAAUAUUGCGCUUGCUUCUCCCAGUUCCAGCACUUGAUGGCUGUUUUGUGCCACUUUGGAAUAAGUGGGAGAAGGCAGCCUGUAAAUGCAAAGGACUGUUCAGAGGUGGGGGGGGAAAUGCCAUUUUAUAAACAGUCCUCUUGCAGAGCUGUAUUAUUGAUCACUGUUUGAAGUGAUAACCAUGGCCUCCUGUAGAAGGGCUAGCAUUGUGUUGGUGGUGGUGGUAUAACCUUGCUUCAAGGAUGCCAGGCAGUAGGUUAGGGCUCAAGCAGUGCAAGCUCCAGGUUUUUGGAGAGGCCUUGUGAAAGAUACCUCUCUGAGUGGGCCCUUCACCAUUUCCCAUUCAUUUACCCUUUUCCUCUGGGCCCAAUCCACACCAUUGCCCAGGAGGAAGAGAGGACAAGGCAAGUGGAGGUGGAUUCUGCUGCUGCUUCAUGAUAUUGUUCCUGUACUUGUGCUUUGAGAGGGCAAGGAAACCAUGAGGAAGAGGGGAAAGCUGCAGAAUCAGGGCCUUCAAGGGUGCGACUGGUCCGCCUGCUAGAGUUUGGGCUUUGACAAGUGUCAAAUAAUGCCAACCCCUGACACCAGCUAAGAGUUCAAGCGCGGAUUAGGGCGUGAGCCCAGUCUCACAGAAAAAUAUGAAAAACUGGUGGUCCGUUCAAAAUGGUUUCCAUCCCUGCAUAAAAAUGUGCAAUAAUUGCACCUGUCGUGGUGAGAAUUGCUGUUCACUGGUAACUUACAGGUAAGUGCUCUUCGUAUUGGGAAAGGAUUAUAAUGCGGAUUUCUGGGGCAACAUCAAUUGAGCACUUUAAUGAUUCUGUGCUGUGUGCCCAGCAAAAAGAUUGUGUCUGGAAAAGCCUCCUAGCAGCAACUCCACUAUUAAUGCUAAUAAUUAGUUGCAAGCCCAAAUUAAAAGUAGUGGACAUUUUUUACAAGGUAUUCUUACUCCAGGAAUUGAUCUCUUAUGUAUCCUUAAUUGCAGAAAGAAUUGGAAAAACAGAAGAGGCUGGAGCGGGAGCAGCAGCUCUUAUCAAAAGCAAAGGAACAUUAUGAUAGGUUCCUGCUGAAGAAGCAGGGGCUGGAGCCCUGGAAAAGACUAAUACAGCAAACUCAGGAAAAUAUGGUGGUAAGCACUGGAGUAAAAGUAGGCAUCUAGAAAGGAAGGUUGGCUCCAUGUUUUGAGGGUUAAUCUUCAGCCAGCCUUCUGCCUGCCAUCAAAGAGUCAAAAUUCGCGCCAUCAAGCCAAAGUUUCUGAAGCAUUUCUAGUUUAGUUUGACUUAGCAGGAGCUCAUGCACCUUGUUGUUGUUAGAUUUAUACCCACUGUUCACCAGAACAGGGCAGGUUGCAGCAAUAUAAAAUACAGCAUUAAAAACAGUUUAAAACAAAUUGUAGUCACAACUAAAGUGGGUCCUAGGUGUGCAGGUGGUGGGAAAUCAUUCAGCACCAGUGGAUUUCAAUUGAGAGAGGAAAGGAACAGCUGGGGUGGAGCUUUAAAGGGAAGGAGGAGACUGCAGGAAGAGAUGCAUAAAAAUAAUGUUAUAGGUGACUUUCCUCAUAGCAUGUGCACGGUUAACGGGAGAUGGUUUCUCACAUAAAUUUAUCAAGCAGAAUCUGUAAAAUCGCAGGUUUUUUGUUUCAAGCUGGCUUUUAUCACUUGCAUGUGGAAUGAUGUCGAUCCAGUAUUGCAUUUUAAUGUCUUAAGUAGGUAUUUUGCUUACUGCUUUAUUAGGAUUUGGUUUUAAUGCUGUUUGUGCUGAGCUCUCGGGGUUUACAGCACAAUUCUAAUCACAUCUUUGUAGGAAUAAGUCCUGUUGAAUUCAGUAGGGUUUACUCUCAAGUAGAUGAGAUGAUCAAAGGUCAUUGAGUCCAAGCCCCGCUGCUUGUGCAGGAAAUCCACUUCUGUUGCAGUUAAUAAUUAAAUAAUGGCCAUAUGCAUUCACACAUGGUCAGGAGGAUCCGUGAAUCCGAUCCAGAUCAUGUUGUAAGUAUUACUCGUGUUAUAAGCACUCGCUAUAAGUAGUGGAUAAAACGUAAUCAUACUGAUGAACUACAAGGUAAAAGUGAAAGGAAGGAGAGGAUCAGUUGCUUGCUCUGGGAAAGUUAUAGUGGAACAAAAAAGCAUGAGUGGAAAUACAGUGGUACCUCGGGUUACAGACGCUUCAGGUUACAGACUCUGCUAACCCAGAAAUAGUACCUCGUUCUCUGUCCCGACGCAUAAAAUAAAUAGAACACAAAGGAAGAUAGGUGCCUUGUGGUUCAAUAGUGCUUGUAAACAGGCUAGACAACUUCUUGGUAACAUCUACAAAGAGUAUAAAGCCUCCGGGGCAACGGUCUUGCCAAAAGAAUACUUCCAAGCAAAAUCAGCCUACAAGCAAAUUCAAAAGGGAGCCAGACAGGAAUGGCAAGUGAAUCAAUGGCGAACAAUCAUAGAAGCCUCAUCAUCACGGAACUCCAGACAAUUUUGGCUCCUGGUAAAUAAAAGAACUAAAAGAUACCCUUUGACUAUUAUUCCUGCCCCGGUUUGGGAAUCCUACUUAAAAACUACUUUGCCACAACUGACUGUAUUGCUAACACAAGAGAUGAUUUUCAAGAUCAGCUUCCCUCUGGCCCCCACCGACCCGGAAGACAUCCAUGACUUGAUCGUUAAACUCAAAACAGGGAAAGCGCCUGGGCCAGACCUGAUCCCGGCAGAAGCUAUAAAAUACCACGCGGACUGGUGGGCUAAAGUUCUGGCGACCAUCUUCGAUGCCGUUAACAACUCUGGAAAGAUCCCGGAAGUAUGGAAGGACGCUGUUAUCGUUCCAAUCCACAAAAAGGGCUCACCAGAUGACCCGGGGAAUUACAGAAAUAUCAGUCUACUCUCAAUAGUGGGGAAACUGUAUGCCCGCUUCUUGCUGAACAGACUUAACCAAUGUGCCGAAGAGAAAAAAUUAAUUGGGCCCGAACAAGCUGGAUUCCGCCCAAAACAGUCAACAAUUAAUCAUAUUCUAAUUUUACAGCAUCUUGCCUGGAAAUAUUCCACCCCAAAGGGUGGCCAACUCUGUGUGGCAUUCAUUGACCUAAAGGCAGCAUUCGAUAGUAUCCCCAGGAACAUCCUCUGGGAAAAACUCUCCCGCUGGGGCAUCGAUAGAAGGCUUCUCUGGCUAAUAAUCAAACUCCAUGAGAACUCAGCGGCUAGAGUGAGACUCACCCCGGAGGGUGAUCUCACCAAUCCAAUUCCCAUUAACAGAGGUGUCCGACAGGGUUGUAUAUUGGCUCCAUUCCUGUUCAACUUAUUCAUAAGCGAUAUGAGGACUCCCCUAAUAGAGGCUCAAGAAAGGAUUCAUGCACCCCGCCUAGCACUUUAUCGCUGCCCUUUGUUACUGUAUGCGGAUGACGCAGUCAUCCUUUCCUUUUCUAGAGUAGGUCUCAGGAGGGCCUUAAAAAUUUUUGGAUCGUACUGUAACGCAAAUCCCUUACAAUUAAUUAUGGAAAAUCUAAGAUUCUAAUUUUCUCAAAGAGCCGGAAACUCCAUAAUUGGAGAAUUGAUGGGAGAGUCAUCGAACAAGUCUAUAGAUUCCAAUACUUGGGAGUUUGGUUACAACAUAACCUUAGAUGGAAGGCCCAUGUAGCCUAUGUUACAAAUAGAGCCAAAGCUAUCUCCUUGGCGAUCUUGCGAUUCUUCUUCACCGAUGGGGCUCUUCAUAUCCCAUCGGCGUUGAAAGUCUUCAAGGCCAAGGUGAUCCCGACAAUUGCCUAUGCCAUCUCAAUUUGGGGGACUUUUGUCAAUCUAUCUCACCUAGAGGUUAUUCAAAAUCAGUUUUUAAGAGGGAUAUUGAAACUGCCCAACUGUGUAAGUAAUACAGCGUUACGCAUGGAACUUAAUACUGUAUCCCUGGAAAACGCUCUGUGGAAGCACAUACUUUGUCACUGGUUAUCUCUAUGGCACAAUCUCCCAAACUUGUACUUGAUACAAUGUAUGUGGAGAGAUGAUUUCCAGAGCCCAUGGGUAAAAAAUUUACAGCUGAAAAUAAUGACAAUGGGAAUCUCCCCAUCCAAAUUACUAGAGCAGGACAUAGUUCCAGCUAAAAGAACAGUAACCUGUAAACUAGAGGAGAUGGACUUGCAGCAGAAAAUGGUCUUGGGCAAUGGUACCUGCUCACCUCUAAACCUUGGUUUAUCACCCCUCUUAAGGCUCCCAAACUAUUUGAAUUCCUUAACUUCUUCGGCUCAUAGAUAUGCCUUUGUAAAGGCAAGAUUCAACACCUUCCCAUCGAACAUGCUGAGAAAUAGAUUCUCCAAUGGACAGAUAUCGCUCUUAUGUGAUUGUAAUUGUGGGGCACCGGAAUCGUUGCAUCACAUAAUUUUUGACUGUGCUUUUCACUCAUCGGCCAGGAGCAAGUUUCUUGCCCAAUAUCUAAAGGGAAUUGCCGAUGAUACGAAUGAAGCCAAACUGAGAUAUCUAUUAAAUGAUGAUGACCCCCUAAGAUCACUCACGGUUGCCAGAUUCUUGAUCAGUGUCCUAUCCCUAAAGAAGAGAAACGGACUCCUGUGUGGCUCGGAAAAUCCCUUUAAACCAUGAUCUAUGUUUUAGGAUGUAACUAGGUGAAUCACCAUUGAUGUCUUUUAUUGAUCUGUGAGCAGAUGGUGAUGGUUAUGUUACAAAUUUAUUGCAACAUAUGAUGUUGGUCUUUUGUUUUUGUUCUGCUUUGGUUCUUGUCUGUUUUUGUAAGGGUUAAGAACUUUGCUUCAGGAUGAGGACAGAAAUCACGCAGCGGCAGGAGGCCCCUGGUGCUUCAGGUUAAGAACAGUUUCAGGUUAAGAACGGACCUCCAGAAUGAAUGACCGUAUUUUUCGCUCCAUAGGGCGCACCAGACCAUAGGGCGCACCUAGUUUUUAGAUGGGGAAAUCAAUAAAAAAAAUCUAAAGAAGCCAUAGCCCCGUGCAGCCUCUCCCUGCCGGCACAAGCCUGCAUUCGCUCCAUAGGACGCACACACAUUUCCCCUCAAUUUUUGGAGGGGAAAAACUGCGUCCAAUAGAGCGAAAAAUACGAUAAGUUCUUAGCCCGAGGUACCACUGUAAUACAAAUGUAGGUUAUGGAUGGUGGGGACUUCUAACAGUAAGCCAGAGUAACGUUGCAGCAGAGCUGUAGCCCCUCGGUAAUCAUUGGAGUAACUAGUUCUCUCUCUUUCCCUUGGUCUUUGCGCUCAGGUGGCACAAAGGCAUCAUUGCUUUAGAUUGCAAAGGAAGUGUCUGCUUGCCUGGCUUCUUCAUAUGCAAGAGAUCCUUGCUGGGAAAGUAGCUCAGGCUGAGGGACUUUAUUCCCGUCUGCUGCUCAGAAGGUCCUUCAGGAACUGGAUAAUGGUGAGCAAGAGAAAAUGUUACUUACUAUGGAAAUGUUAUAAACUAUGGACUUUUCUAUUAGCUUUAAAAGAGGAUUCAUGAAGAAUGAGGCUUAUUGAUGUCUGCUGGUAAUGCUGGUUAUAUGUUUCCUUCAGGAUCAGAGGCAGCAAGCCUGUCUAAAUACCAGUUAUUAGGGAACAAAAGUGGGAUAAGGUGAUUAUCGUCCUCAUCUCCUGCUUGUGAGCUUUCCAGAGGCAUCUGGUUCACCACUGUGGGAAACGGGAUGCUGGACGUGAAAGACCAAGUCUCUUUACCUGUUCUCAUUGCUCUGUGCUUGUAGUGUACCUGGGAGUUGCAUUGGAACAAAACUACGUGGCUCUCCUACUCCUAAUGUGCAGGUCUCAGUUUGGAGCCACAGUUUUUGCCUCUCCUACACACUUGGCAGGGAAAAGGACUGUACCCUUUUUUUAAAAAAAAGAAAAGAAAUGGAAACUGAGAUCCUCACAACACUGAAUUGUACAUUCAAUAGUGCCGGCAUGAAAUAGUGGAAAACAGGGAGCCCAGACCACGAACAAAACAUUUUGCUAUUGUUAUCCUUGAAACGUUAGUUUCAUUUCUUAUUUUCCUGCACACAAACCACUCAAAACUCUUGUCUCAGCCUUCUGUUCCUUUGCUUUUCCUUCCCAUCUGUGUUGCUGUGUGCCUGUAUAAAACAUAUCAAUACUGAAAUCUAUUUCCUCUUCUUUUCCUUGUGUUUGUUGUAUAGUACAAGGAUUAUGUAUCUACUUUGGAAGAGAAUGCAAAAAAGUUCCAUGAAAUUUCACUUAAGAAGAAGGUCCUCUGGGCUUGGUUUGACGUACUCAAUGAGGAAAAGAGUAUUUUCUGGAGAAAACAGAAGACUGCAGAUCAGUAUAGUGACAGGUGACUAUAUAAAUAGGCUAUAUGUUUCACUUAAGCUGCAUUUAUUCCAAUUGCUAUUUGCCCUUUUCCCUUCAUAUAUUGUCAUCAUUUUGUUUGUUGCAACGAUUGCAAAGCGGUUCUUGAUUCUCAUAUUUUGUAGUUGCAGCAUUUAGAGAUGGUGAGAGCCCCAGAAACUAGUGGUGUCCAGAGAUCGAGUCCACCAGGCCUGGACACUUUCUCUGGUAUUUCGCCUUCUUUGAAAAUGGGUGCACUGAAUCUCUCUUCAUUAAAUAAAUAAAUUGCAACAAAUAAUAAUAAUUUGUUGUUGUAGUAGUAAAUUAUUAUUACCUGAGAGUAAGACUCUCAUAAAUUCGUCUACACAAUGAAUGCACCCUCCAAAAAAAGAUGAACACUCACAGUGAGGCUGCCAUCAACGCUCUCAUUAGUAUGCUACUUAAUUGUACAAAAGGAAAAAAUAUGAUUUAUUCUUACCAGUCAGGGACCUGAAAGGAGAAAGAACAAAGCAUAGGCCAAAAUAUGCGAGUGCAGCUAGCAAAGAACCAGACUCUUGAGUUCACUUGUUUUUUGAAAAAAAAAUACUUAAAUGGAAAAUUUAGAGCCAGAGCAAAAGGCAAGAGACUGAGAAAGCAGCAAAUUUAUAGGAGAAAUAAAUGCAAUGAUGAGCUGGAAAAUGUUAACAAAGUAAAGUUGCAGAGUGGGUUGGGCAGAAGAUGGUCAAUAGGGGAGAUGGAGCAUUGGAGGAGGGAGGAAAGAAGUUUUCCUCCUCUGGUUCCCCAGUAAUGUUAUUGGGGUGUUGCUCAAUACUACUUGCUUCUCAAGUCUACAUUUCCUACAAGCACAACUAAUAUUCCUACUGUGCAAUCCUACACGCAAGUGGAUAUAGGAUUGCUCUUCAUUGUCACCAGCCCCAGGGCUGAUGACAAUAACAUAAAAGUAACCGAUUAAUGGAAUUGAGUGACUGAUGUUUUAAAAUUAAAAACAUUGAAUUUUCUAUGGAAGUCCUACAUAGAUGGAGUGUUUCCCUAAACAAAGUUAGUAUCUAAAACAUGUUGAACACUUUUCAAUAAACCUGACAAGAGAUGUGUGCUUAGUGUUACAAGGUGGAGUUCCACCCUUUGAAAAGGGAGGAGCAUGGCUAGUAUCAUUAACUUAUUGUGAACUAUGUAGUUUACGUGACAAUCCUCCACAGCGAUGAUGUUCCAGCCAAGUUGUGCUGUGUUGGCAUUAUCCCCAGUUCUCGUUAGUUCUGUUCUGUGCACAGGCAGCUGUUCCUCUUGCUGGCACAGAUCCCCACAGGAGUAAGGUGGUGGAGGGAGUGAGGUUUGCUUCUCUGUUGGCGAACAACUUGAUGGCUUUGGAGUCCUGAUGAAGAACUAUUGUACCAAGGCACUUACCUGCCCGUUUAAAAACAAAACAAAACACUCUUCAGCCUUUCCUCCCAACGGAACAGUGCAGGAAGAUAAUGGAAUUUCCUUCCCCAGCACUCAGUUCCUAUGGAAAAAAUAGCUCUGAUAAUAUUCUCAGUACACUUAUACAAAAGCAUUUAGUAAGUGCUGUAGGGCAUGGAGGAGGAAAAUAGCUGCACAUUAAUACCCUCUUUCUAUACUCCUAUGGUAUGCUUUCAUAUAUGUGUGUAUGCAUAGCACACUAAAGACAGAAAGGGAUUGCACUUGCUUUUCAGAACAGUAGCUAUACUGGCCUAUACAGUAGUUAUAUAUUGUACACAAAAAAAUAUCAUUUGUGUAUUUCCCUUGAGAGUAACCCCAUCAAACCCAGUGCAGCUUCUUUCUGAGUAAACCUGCACAGGAUUGGAAAUUCUAAUCUGAAGUAGCCACUGUGAAAAUUGAAGCAGGGCGGUGUUUAUUGUUUCUGAUUUCAGUCAUCACCAGCUCUGGCUCUAGCUACUCCAGGUAUGUGGCCUGUGAGGGAAUGGGGCCUUGAAAAAGGCCUGCAAUACCUUCUCUCUGCCCACUCUGUUGGGGUGAACAGCAAAGGCCCUAUUCCUGGGCCCAUAUUCUACCAGAAUAAUCCAUGGGAUGUAUCAAACUAAGCCAACCCAUUAGUGCAAGGACUUCUGCUUGUAUAACAAACCUUUCCUUCCCUGCACUCUCUCCCAAAUUUACUUCAGAAAGUUGGGGGAAUCCCAAGAACAGAUUUGGGGGGCAUGCAGGGAGAAGUUCUGUUGUGCAAGAAGCCCUUGUGCAAAUGGGGCGACGAGUGGAAGUUUACCAAAAUGUUUUAAACUGGUUAUAUUCUUGAUUUUUGUAAAUAAUGUGAGACUAAAUUGUCAAAAAGGAGAGGAAAUGGUUCCAUACAAUGUGUGUUUCAUUGAAUGCAUGCAUGUCUCUCUUUAAUUAUGUUUCCUUGGUUUUUUUUUCUCUCCCUCACAAUUUUUUUAUGUAGGAGGAUAAUGCAGACUGUGUUCAGGGCCUGGAGGCAAUUCCCAUCUUUGAUGAAAGAGGAAAGGGAGAAGGAAGAGAGAAUAAAACAGCUAAGGAAGAGAGUGGCUGAAAUUCUGCCAGACUUCCGAACAUGACAUUUCAGACCAGAAGACAGAGGGGGAAAAAGGAGUUCACAGGCACCAUUCUCUGGUUGACAGAGAAUCUGCAGACAUUCUAGCAAACAGACUUCUCUGUCCAGUGUGAUAGAAUGUAUUUGGGGAGGUUCCACCUAACAAGCCCCAUCCACGAAAGCCCUGCGCAAGGAUCUGUUUGCAUCACAGGGCUUUCCCCUCCUUCAGUGUCCCUCCUAAGAUUAGUUUCAGGCGUUAGGAGAACAGAGGGGGAAUCAUUCCGCCUGGCAAGCUGCAAUGCUUGUGGAGACUCUGAAUUCCAUCCUUAUUCCCCAAGAGGAAUUGUUCUAUUGAACUCCUGCUAAAAUAUCAAAGUGUAGCAGUCAAAGCUGAUAUAGGCCAGCGCUUCUAUUUUUCCAACUAAAUCCUUUUCCCAUAUUUGCCUGCUUCCCUGUGGUAAGCACCUAUAUGUGAACAUACAGGAGCAACUCCAUUUGCUGACACAAGCAUGAAAUCUCUUCCUUGUGCUAUCCCAAACUCCUGUAUUGAGUGUGUGUAUCCACAAGAACAAGCAAUAAGCAGGGACAACUACUGUCUCACUGACUCUUUCUCACUACUGAAUUAACCACACAGCCAGCAAGUCCGCCAAUGUGGUGGUAGGGAGGUGUUGAAUCCACAAACCAUUAUUCCUCGCAAAUUGAACAUUCAGUUAGAAUGAAGGAAAGGGUGCCUGAAAGGAAUAUAAGAAUAACCUAUAGAGAGCAGUACAGAUAGCACUGCUGGGAAGUUAUUGGAAAUUCAGAUAUUCUGUGACGGGUUCUAGUUCACUUUGUGGAAACCAAAUUAAGAUGCCUCAUAGUCAGAAAGCUAUCCGUCCUUUAAAAAUGUGAGGUUUUGAUAUUAGAGCUACUUUGCCCUUGCAACUCCUUCUGUUCCUAGGCACAUUUGAGGCUCUCUCAGUUGCUGCAUUUUCACUUCAGCUUGUAGAGUUUGUAUGUCAAAACAUUCUAAGUCCAAUAACUUACCUCCCAUGUUGUCAUGUGGAAUCUUAAUUAACAUUCUGUCAGCUCAGUCAAGCAAGUCUUCAGACUUCAUAGCACAGCACCACACAUUAAAAAAAAACCUAUGGUAUAUUGUAUAAAUAAACCAGUCGUAGUUAAAUGUUAACCGACAAGUAGGGGCAACCAUUGUAGUAGUAUACCACUUGAGGUGAUAUUUGAAUUGUAGUGCUAAGGUACUGAUUUGUUACAAAAGCAGAAACAAAAACAAAAAGACACAAACUCAGAAUAAUUACAAACUAGCCAGUUUGUUCUCAACAACUAAUGCGUAUUAGCACCCUCCUUUUUUGCACACAAAUUGUGACUGUAGAGGUGGUUAAAAGAAUAAAAAGCAAAAGAGAAAUCGACUCAAUCUAGGGUUUGUUACCUUAAUUUCUACAAGAGUAACCCAAAGGAAUCUGUUAAUGUACUCUCCAAAAUUUGUAAGUAAACAGACUGAAGAAGAUACACAUCCGUUUGAUUUUCUUUAUUACCAGCUUAGCUAUCUUCAGUUGAUUCUGAAGGUCCUUCAAGCCAUUCAGAAGGUUUAAAGUACAUAACAGUUUUGGUUUACUACAGUCUUGGACUAAAGAUGCACCUCUUUGCCUCUGACACCUGAGAUGUACUGUAUAUUGUUCAGGACCCACCCAUUUCCUGUGAUUAUUUGUAUUAACUGUUUUUAAUUCUGAAUUUUAAAUCAUUGUAACCUGCCAGGGAGCCAGCUAGUGAAGGGCACAUAAUAAAUUUGAUGGUAUUUUGUUUUUCCAGAGAAUAGUAUUUUUUUUAUAACUCGGUACAAUCACUCAACACUUAUUUUUAAAACAAAAUUUUAUUUAACUGUGGUAACAACUGAUCUCAAAUGCAGGGCACAUAAUAAAAUAUCUCACAAUUUUCCAAAUACCUGGGGUUGGAGGAAAAUUAAGAGAGAAGCAAUUCAGAUAUUCUCCACCCUGCCAUCAAACUGAUAAAACAUGAGCUGCAGCAAGGUUUUUAAAUAGAAUUCAUGUCCUAUACAGUAGAGCUUGGCAGAGGAAUAAAGGCUUCCAGGAAGAGAAAUGUCACUUAAAAUAUGAUAGAAAAACAUUUGUAAUUGCACCAUCCUGCCCUGCAGAGGCUAAAUACAUUCAAGAUCAAGAUUAAAAGUCACGUAACACAUGAUUAAGACACUGGACAGUAGGCAGUUAUUACUUGCUCUAGAGAAAACACUCUCGUAGCAAAUUAUUUUAAGACACUUGAAAGCAAUCUAUUUUGAAAGAAAAAAGCACCAUUAAAAACAAGGAGAGGCUGAAAUAUCAUUGGCCUGUUGGGAAGAAUCAAUUUUUACUUAGCCAUUUUAAAGAGAUUAAGGAGAUAUCUAGAUGUCUUGCUCCAGUCCCUUGACACCUCUACAAAAAAAAAUGUAUUCUGAAAAGUAUAAAUGCAUCAGGUUUAUUCCUAACACGGCUCACAGUAGCAUUUUCAUAUUGCAUGGGUUUGACUUUGACACCACUGUGACAGCAACGCAGGAAAUCGAGUCCUUAAGAAUUCACUGGUGUCUAAUUGUGCAAUACAGAAGAGCUUUUAAAAGGAAUUCUGUUCAGAUGAACCCCCUUAACCCUCCGGUGAGGCACAGAAAGGAUGAGCAAAGAUUAAGCAGGUGAAAGGGAAGCUUGUGCUUCAUACUAGAUACAGCCCAACCAAGUGUCAUUACCGUAUUGGCCCAAAUAUAAUCCACACCCGAAUAUAAGCUGCACCUUUAAAAUUCAUGGGUGAGGGAGAAGAAAAAAGAAAAAAAUAUGUGAAUAUAAGCUGUUCCCUUAAAAUUCUGCACUCACACCCAUUCUGUUUUACUGUAUGUCUGUUUCAGCAGCAAUAUCGUAAAAGCCAAUUUUUGUAAGGUCGUGAAUUUAAGCCACAAUUUAACUUUUCACAGUCAGAAUUUGGGGGGAAAGCGAGGCUUAUAUUCAGGCCAAUAUGGUACAUACCUUUUGCACCUCCUCCAGAGUAAAUAGUGUGUCUCCAACCUUUCCGUAUACUUAUGAAAGAAGCUAUUUCUGUCCGGAAACUAUAGCCACACAGGAAGAAAAACAGCUCGGUUGCUUAGAGCAUGGUGCUGAUAACGCCAGGGUUGCACGUUUGAUCCCCAUAUGGGACAGCUGCAUAUUCCUGCAUUGCAGGGGGUUGGACGAGAUGGUCCUCAGGAUCCCUUCCAACGUUAUGACUCCCUAAAAUCUUCAAAAUGGGUAGGCAUUACCUCCCACUUAUGUGCUGCAAUGCGCAAGAGUAUUUAAGAAACCUCUAAAAAUCUGCAUGAGUCCAUUGAUUGCCAGAUUCCAUGGCAACAUUUCCUUCAUAUAAAUGUGUUUUAUUUUUCCAAUACAUCAAUGAGGUAAUCCUUUCAACUUCCCUGAAGAAUGCUAGAAGUAUAAUCAACCAUUGGCUUAGUAAGAAACUAGUCCUUGCAAAGCACACCUCCAGCCAGCAUGGCCAGGGUCUCAAGGGUGAUGAGAGAUGUUGGCCAGCAACAUCUUCAGGGUACCACAUUGGCUACCCUUCCGCUGGUAAAGCUAGGCUCUUUACCUUUUGCUAUCUGGGACAUAGCCCAUGUCUCAGUCUUAGGUCUUAACAGCAUAAUACACCACCAUCAGUAUUAUACUGUAGCUACUCAGUGGAUUACCAUAUUGAUGCUGCCAGACUUCUAUUCAUUUUCCCACCCUUAAUUUAUUCCUGCUGCACACUUCCUACAUACCACCAGCAGGGGAAAAAACCUUUAUAAAGAGUGCAUUUCAAGUCUCUUUCUGCAAAUAUUAUACUUCCUGGUGGGCUGGAACACACUGAUGAUCUGCUGCAUUGCACUAAUUCCCUAAAAACAGAAGGCAAAACACAACUCCUGUUUCAGUUAAACACUUGUGAGCUUGUUCUGUUGUCAAGUUGGCUUGUUCAAAUAAACUGGUUAAUAUUAACCACUUUGUCAGCUUGAACGAAAGAAGCCAGUUUUUAAGCAAAGCUUCUGAACUCCUUCCACCUGCAGGGAGCAGCAGAGUGCAAACCUGAAGCUCAACACCACUGGACGGAAGCCAUGCUAAACUAUGGUUUAGUACAAGGUCCGAACUCAGCCAGUGUUUCCAGUUAUAUAGCACACACUGCUUUUUCAGCCAAAGAUGUAACUAUUUCAAACUGUCUGAGGAACAUGUACAUUUACUGACCAGAAGUGAACCAAUGUGAAGAACUAAGAAACUAGAGAGUUCUAAUUCCCACUUCACUCCAAUUCCAAGUUGAAUGCUACCAUUAUGCACGGAAACAUCAUGUCUCACCUUGAGUCUAUAUCACCUUGUUUGGAAGAACAGUUCUGUUGCCUUUUAUCUCUUGGUACCAUAUAACAUUGUAUGAGUGGAACUGCAAUAUCUUAUUUCAGCAGCAAGCAAGCCUUCCUUAAACUUGUACCUUCCAAAUGCUUUAGAUUGCAGUACCCAGGUAGAGAAAGCAGUAGAUGUAAAAGCAGAAUAAAUCAUUUUCUACAUCCAUGGCUACCAAUUAUCUCAGUUCAAUGAGGCCACCUGCCCUGCAGCCCCAUUAUUGCACAGUGAUCCUAUCUAAAUGUAACUUAAAUCUUUCUAAUCAUCUGAUUGAGCAAAUGACUUUUUAUGGGAACGCUAUUGAGACAAGGAUCCUAAAUAAUCAAUUAAAAUAGUUGAUCAUACGUGAUGCAAAGCAGUGAUAGGUUCCCCCAAUUCUCUUUCAUUAUUAAGUACUUUCUAAUGCCAAUUGUGUUUGUGCUUUUUAAAGUUUUUGGAUCCAAGUGAUUUAAGAGUUUAUUUUAAGCAAUUACGGCAUGGGUAGGCAAAUUAAGGGGCCCAAGGGAUCCGGCCCAAUCGCCUUCUAAAUCCAGCACCUGAACGGUCUGGGAAUCAGUGUGUUUUUACAUGAGUAGAAUGUGUGCUUUUAUUUAAAAUGCAUCUCUGGGUUAUUCGUGGGGCAUAGGAAUUCGUUCUUUUUCCCACCCCAAAAUAUAGUCCGGCCCUCCACAAAGUCUGAGGGACCGGGCCCCCUGCUGAAAAAGUUUGCUGACCCCUGAAUUACAGAUUUCAUUUUUAACCUUUCUGAAUGGACAUGGGGGAUGGGGAGAGAAUAGACAUUAAUUAAAUACAAAUACUUUCUCUGAAGUGUUUUGAGAACACCAUACACAAAACCACCCCUGCUAUCUACCAGUCUCACAAAUCACAGCUCCAAAGAAAACGUCUCACAAAGGCACUUAGUAGAACCACUGAAGCAAAGAGUUGGGGUGUGUAUGUGUGGAAAAGUAACAUCAUUUGUCGGUUUGGGGAGGUUGUUGCUAUUUUGCUCUUUUUCUGCAUGGGGGUGGAAGUACAGAGCAGCCCCCUUUUUGAUACCACCCAUGGCCAUCAUCACCAUUGACAAGCACAAAAUUAAAGCUCAUGGCCAGAUGAACUUCCUUGUGGUACAUUAAGAUUAGUCCGCACAAGCACAUGAAGUUUCCCAAACCUCUAGAAUUAAAAAAUACACUACCUCUUCAGCAGCGACCUCUUUGCCAGGUUAAUGUCAGGAAUGUUCCUGACAGUUAAUGUGUAUAAUCCUUGUAAACAGCUAUGUACACAGUCCAUUGGCACAAGCGCAUAGAACUGUAGACUGAGACGCUAAUCCAAAACUGGUAGCCGGCUGUGGCUAAGCAGGUGAGCACUUAAGAGGCUAACAUACAUAGGCACCCCCAUAACCAGGUCAUUCGUGCCCAGCAUUUGGAAUAUCGCAUGUUUCUGAGAAAACGUUGCUCUUAAAAUAUGGCUUAAGAGAUGAGAACUACCUGUCCCUGUAAUGACUUCAGGUGUGGAUGAUCAGUUAACUAAAUGUGAUUGAUAGGAAGCUGCUUUCAUACAAUGUCUUCAGUGGAGCACUGCAGAUCGGAUGAGCGCAAGGUCAAGAACUGGAUCCAAUUGUGCAGAAUGCCCCGAUGGUACUGGCCUGUGUCAACCACCAUGCCCCAUAACAGCCUCCGCCCAGUGUUCUCCUUCAAAGCAAUUCGAGCUUCCCUCUCAGUCACGUUGUAGCUGAUGUUCAAGAGCUGGAUGAGAAGGAUGUAGCCCAUGCCGGAAGUUACAAUGGUACAGUACCAAACACAGGUGAACGAAAGGGCAGAACUAGAAAGGGGUGGAAACAGAAAGCAAGGAACCCGUUUUAAUAGGGACACAACUGCAUUGCUGUAGGGCUACAGAGAAAAGGGGAGACUGACAUGCUAUUUUGAGAGUAAAUAGUAGUAACCUUUGGUGCCUUCCCAUCUCAGAUUCUGCAUCACAGCAAACUGCAAUCUCAUUUCCCCACUUAGGUGCCUCAUUUCAUUGCAAAAAAUAUUUUUCAAACAGUCCAUCAUCUAUGCCAGGCAUAGGCAAACUCGGCCCUCCAAAUGUUUUGGGACUACAACUCCCAUCAUCCCUCUCCACUGGUCCUGUUAGCAAGGGAUGAUGGGAGUUGUAGUCCCAAAACAUCUGGAGGGCCGAGUUUGCCUAUGCCUUACUAUAAGGUAAUAAGCAUUGGGAUUUGAUUAUUGCUAAGCUCAACAACCAGUUCUCUGCCCUAUACUUCUGCUCUGCAAAAAUGCCCAUAGCAAUGUAGUUGCACUCAGCUGGUUACAGAUGGUCUCUUUACAGGUUACAGACUGAUCUCCCACAGCCUGGGCAUGCUAUUUGACUAUCCCUAAAUUAUGUGUAGCCAGCACGGUGCCCUUCAGAUGUUGAGGACUAUAAUGCCCAUCAGUCCCUGCUAGCAUAAUCACUGAUGGGAACUGUAUACCACAACAUCUCUACCCCUUCUGCAAAGGCCACAGUUCUUCCUUUACACAAUCAUAAUAUUAGAGCUCCUUGCCCACGAAAUCUAUAUAGCUAUAUUGUUACCAUGGUAAAAGCACUACUAGUUGAGGGAAGAACCAAAUUCACCAUUUUAGAUAUGUGUGGGCAAUAAACAGCCUGUGCUUAGAUGUUCUUCAGUUGCUU